AAAUCUCAUUCGUGAUGGCCGCCCAUUAAGUAAAAACGUGUCCAGCUGCUGAAAAACAAUUUCGCCCGUUUGCGCUAUCGUAGCUGAUUAAAUCUAGCUGGAAUCGUGCGGCAGUGGUAAAUACACCACAAAAUACAUGUUUCGGCCCAUUUACAACGUGAUAUUAGGCCAAAAUCAGUGUGAAAAAUAUUUUUAUCAGUCAACGAUAACGGUAACUACGAAGAAAAAAAAAAUAAGUCAAGAAGUAAACAGCAAUAAUAAUAAUAUUUGAAAGAGGAUACGAAGCAGCGGAAGAAGCAGAAGCAACAAAAUAAAAAAACAAUUUCGAUUUCCAAAAAAAACAAAAACCGACGAUGAACUGAAAUGUGCAAAUUUGAUGAACGUAAUUAUGCCAAUUCACAUAGAUCCUUCGAUUUCAACGUGAAAAAUGUCGUCGACACAACUGCUGCAUUCGUUGUCACUAUUGUUGUUGCUACCAUUGCGUUGUCGUCGUAAUUGCAAUACAUUCAUCACCUUGGCCAUCUGGCUGCUGUCGGCGCUGUCAGCGGAAAUCCACGACAAGGAGCAAGGACGACAGCAGGAGGCCGAAAAGAAGCGGGCGAGAGCAAGGCAGCCGCUAAGGGAGCGGCCCACUGAGGCGGCGGCGCCGGCCGAGGAGGAGAAGGCGAAGGAGGAGCUGCAGCGACUGCGGCAGGGGGCCUGUCAGGAGGAUACGCUCUAUAUAGCCACCAAAGUUGCCACCCACAAACGGCAAUCCGCCGAUCAAAAUCAACAAACAACAAACAGAGGCAUCAGCAGAGGAGGCACUACGUCAGCCAGGGGAACGGGCACAGGGGCUGCGUUAACCAGCUGGCAGAGCAGCCACAGCCACCGCAGCCCCGGUGCCAGCUCAUCGGCGCAGGAGGAGCACAACAUAGUGGAGUUAACAUCUCCCCCCAUAGCGAGUAGAAGAGCCACAACGAAGCCAACAGUUCGGAGUAUCCCUAGUAGGAUCACCAGAAGCAGGGGCCACAGCUACAGCUACAGCUACAGGAGUUGCAGCACAAGUCCGCGGCUUCACAGUUGGUUAGCCGCAGGAUCACUAUCAUCCAUAGCCACCUAAGCAGCCAAUUCCACUUAAAAAAAAUACCAACAACAACAACAAAAACAAACAGCACCAUCCUCACAACAGAAAAUAGAAACGUUCCACCACCACCACCUCCCAGUCAGAAAACAAAAGUCAGCAAGAUGUCGAAGCUGUCGUUCAGAGCCCGCCACCUGGAUCCGUCCAAGCAGAUGCCCAUCUACUUGGCGGAGGAACUGCCCGAUCUGCCCGAGUACUCAGCCAUCAACAGGGCGGUACCGCAGAUGCCCAGUGGCAUGGAGAAGGAGGAGGAGUCGGAGCACCAUCUGCAACGGGCCAUAUGCACGGGUCUGAUUAUCCCCACACCGGAGGUAUUGCAGACGGAUCAGCCCUUCUACGAUGCCUACUAUCCGCCAGAUUAUAAGAUGCCCCGCCAAAUGAUCCACAUGCAACCUCUUGGUCUGGACACUGAGGUACCCGAUUACGACAUGGACAGUGCCGACGAGGAGUGGCUUGGCCAGCAGCAGCGUCUGGAGCUCACUGAAAUGAAGUUUGAGCAGAUGAUGGAUCGGCUAGAGAAGAGCUCCGGUCAGACGGUGGUAACGCUAAACGAGGCCAAAUCGCUGCUUAACCAGGAUGACGAGACCAGUAUAUCCGUCUACGAUUACUGGCUCAACAAGCGCCUCAAGAUGCAACACCCGCUCAUUCUUACGGUGAAGACAGAGAGCCGUCCCGGCGCCAGCUCCAAUAAUCCGUAUCUGGCCUUUCGACGGCGUACUGAGAAAAUGCAAACCCGCAAGAAUCGCAAGAACGACGAGGCCUCCUACGAGAAGAUGCUCAAGCUGCGACGGGACCUACGACGCGCCACAGCUAUACUGGAGAUGGUUCGACGGCGCGAGGAGACGAAGCGAGAUCAUCUUCGGAUGACGGUGAACAUCUUUGAGAAGCGCGUCGAGAUGCGUGACUUCAACGGUGCUGUCUACUCGGAGCUGAAUGCUCAGUACAAGACCACAAGACCCGCGUAUAAUCCAUUGUAUACGAAUCAAUACUCACAAGGGACAGCGGCGGUGGGAACGGCUGGUGCCAUUCUGGCCGCCCUGCCCACGGGUCUGCUGCCGAGCGGUGUUGGAGCGGCGGGUAAUGCCAAUGUCUACGGCUCAGCGUCGCAGUACCUGAACACGUCGAAUCUGACAAUGGAUGCCAUCAACAGUGGCAGUGGCAAUGGAAGCAGUCGCAAGGAGAAGCGACCGUACAAGAAGCGCAAGCACAAACUGCCACGCGACAAGCAGCAGCACCAGCAGCAGCCGCAGACGCAGCAUCAAGCACACCAGCAGCAGCCGCUACAGCAACAGUAUUUGCCAGCGUCGGGAGUCGCCGGAGCGUCACCCGCCCACCACCUGCCCCACCACUUGCACCACCUCAGCAGACAGCAGAGCGCUUCGCCGGCUGCCAACGACUCGAUCGCGGACAGCGAGGAGGAUGAUUACUUUGGCGCCGGCGGUGCCCAGAAUGGCAACAAGCUGGGCUCCGAGAGCGAGGACGAGGCGCCGUUUGCAUUUAGGCGCAAGUCGAGCUGUAUAUACCUGCCGACACGUCACGGAGAUGUCCGCUGGCCGUGGGAAUCACCCGAUGAGGAGAUGCCCAGUGGAGCCUGCCCGGAUACCAAAUACCGUUACACGCUAACCUCCAUUAACAAUCCAAGGCCACGAUGCAUCGGAUUCGCGCGUCGCCGAAUGGGUCGCGGUGGCCGAAUCAUUUUGGAUCGGGCUACAACGAAUUUCGACGACUUCUGGUCGCAGUUGGACUACACCGUGAUGGAGAGUGUGGUGGUCGAUCGGAAGCGGGGCGACAAAAUGAUGCACGAGCACUCGGCCCAGCUGUCGAAGCCCAGUUCACCGCCCACAGUGGUGGAUUUGGUGCCCGCCGGCAAGCCUCUUGAUGGUGAGACCCCUGCUUCGGAACUGGUCAAGGUGGAACCGGCCAACGACGCGGAGAAACCAGCAGCGGAGGCAGACCCUGGCCGGGAGGCAAAGGAACUGGAACUGGAUGAAGGCUUGGACUUGGAGGGCGAAGACGAGGACAUCGGCACGGACGACGAGAAUGUGUCGCGAAUAGGAAUGUAUAGUUCCGCGGUUACGUUGCCACAGAAUUGCCUCGAUCUUCGCCAGAAACGCCGGCGGUUGCGAAGAAUGAAGCAACAGCUAAGGGAAUCGAAUGCAGCCAAGCGGCUAAAGAGAUCCUCAGAAUCGGUGGUCGGUGUGGGAGACGAUCAGCAGUCGGAGCAGGAGAUGAAGCCAGAACUGGUUCCCCUGCCCAGGGCUUACCUCCAGCGACUGGCCAAGGUUCUGGGUGAGAAACUCAAGAAGGAGGAGGAAAAGGAUAAGUCAGUUUGCGAGAAUCUGGCACCGGAGGAGCAGCAGCAGCAGCAGGAGGAGGAGAACAAGGAUGAGGAGGAGCAGUUGCAGCCGCCGCGAGCCAAUCAUCAGCAGCACCACCGUUCCAACAACAACAACAACAACAUUAACACCGUGUUGAACAACAACAAUAGUAAUAUUAGUAGUAGUGUUAUGAAUAAGGAUGUUAGCAUUAGCGAAAAAAUCAAUGUGAUAAAGCAGGAGGCAGAUGAAGCAGGUGUCGGAGAGGGCGACGGUGAAGAGCCCUCCACCUCGGCGGCAGCGGCCGCAGCUCGAGCCGCCGAAGCAGCCGCCGCCGCAGAGGCAGCGACCGCGAUACCAGGACCCUCGCUGGAGGAGCUGGCCAAGAAUAUAAAGCGCGAGCUAAUCGACGCCGACGAUUCCAACGAGCCACUGAGCAGCAUUCGCACCGCCGCUGUCCUGCAGUCCGCCACGCAUACCCCCGUUCCCGAUCCCGAUCCCGAGCUGAUGGACGACGAGGCCGAGGAUGACGUCAAUCUCGCUCAGCUAAGCAGCAUUAUUCGGCACACGGCCGUCAAGAAAGAGCUGGAGGCCCAACAGCACCAGCAGCAGGUCGAGCAGGAAUACAGGCGGCGGAUGGAGGAGGAGGACUCGGCCGCCUGCUUGAAUCAGGUGCCGGAUGUGAUUCGGCUGCGAAAUCUGCGCAAUACCCAGGUGCAUGCGAGACCCAAGGACCUGUACAUUCAGGCUCCCGUCGACGAUGAUCUGGAUGUGGAUUACCUGGGCGGCCUCUCGCCCACCUCCAGCCAGCGCUUGGAUAUAUGCAACGAACUGCUCUCCGAGAUCCGACGGGAUUGGAUUCACUUCCGGCCAAAGACGCCCACGGAUGAGUUGUCCGACAGUCAGGAUUGCGAUGUCGGCAAGACCUGUGACGCCCAUGCAGUGGAUUGGACCCAGAGUACGCCCAUUAAUGUGGAGAUGAACCGCCUGGGAAAACCUGGCUUGGAUGAAACCGACUCCAACUCGUACUUCCUGAGCGCGCUGUUCAAGUACACGGAUCUCGAGCCCGAUUCUCAGUUGCUGCAAACGGUGCAAGCCCAGGACUAUGCCCGCGGCAGCAGCAAGAGUCCCAACUGCUCGGGGUCCGGUUCGGGAUCCGCUUUGGAGUUCAACCUGAGCGGCGGCGACUCCCUCAACGACAUCAACAACCUGCUGGGCGACGAUGAGGACGAGGAUAACAACCACGACAUGCUGGACAACAUCCUGCAGGAAUGCGCUAUGGACGAUCCAAAGGCCCUCAACCAGGCCACCAACUUCUGGAAUGGCAUUUUGGAUGGCGAGGCGGCCGUGGACGAAGUGGAGAUGGCCGACCAGUUGCUGGACUGCAUCGACGAGAAGAAGCCCAAGGUGGGUGGCCAGGACUCUUCCAAGCGCGCUGGUCGCAAUCGCAAAACGAGAUUAGCGCAUGGCACGAUGGGUAGUUCGGCGUUCACAGUGUGUCCCACCGUGGAUUCCGUCAAGGAGCGGGAGCUCUUCUUCAGCCAGGCUCCGCCAGAGGUGGUUACCCCCAAAGAGGAACCUCCGGCGGAAGCAGGCCAGCCAGAGAUCGUGGCGACAAAGGAGACACCAGCAGUAGCAGCAGCAGCAGCACCAGCACCAACCAUAGUUACGGUCAAGAUGGAGCCGACGGUGGACAAACCCCAGGCGGAGAUUGUCCCUGUGGUAGCUGCACCCACGCAACUGCAAUCCCAAUCGAUAGCUCUGCCCACGACGCAGCUGAUCAGCAUACCCGCCCAGAUAACCACCCAGAAACCUCAGCAGCAGCCGCAGGUGACGCAGUUGCUCAACCAGUUCGCCACCGCCACGCCCCAGAUCAUUGCACGGACGGAGUACGGCGGCGGAGCAGCUGUGGGCGACAUUGUGACCAUCACGCCCCAUACCGGAAGCAGCCCGUUGCCGACCCAACUGCAGCAUCAGUUGGCGCAGGCCCAGCUCCGCAAUGUAACCGUCCAGCAGCGGCAGGCGACCCCUCAGACCUCCAAUCAGAACCAGAAUCCUCAGCAGCAGCAGCAGCUGCUCUUCCAGAUGCAGCGCGAUCCCUCCCGCUCACUGACGCCCCUGCAAGCGACCGGCGCUGGCGCCACCGGCAACCACAUGAUCUACACCACCAGCAGCGGCGAGAUCGUAACUGCGGCCACGGCAGCAGCCGCAGCUGCGGCGGCGGCCCAAAAGGUGACCUAUGCCAUCCAGAAAACGGGAGUCUCCGGCGGAGGAGCCACCACUGCAUCGAUUGGACCCAACACAGUCAUCACGCUGUCCAACGUGAAGGUGCAAAAUGAUGAUGGCUCGUGCGGCGGUGGCACAAACUCCGGCUCCAGUGUCAACAUCAUCAACACUGCCAGUGGCCAGCAGCUGGCCGUGCACAGCAUCGCUGGAAUGCAACAGCAGCAGCAGCUGCAACAGGUGCAGCAGGUGACCACUAGCACGCCACUUAUCGUGACCACGCCCACCCGCAACAAUGUCCAGCAGCAGCAACAGCAGCAGCAGUUGCAGGUGCAACAACAGCCGAUUGUGUGGCGUCAAGUGAGCGGAACCAACACGGCGGUGGCUACCACAGCGGUGCUCUCCACCUCGGUGGACACCUCCCCGGCAGCGGUGGGAAGCAAGAUAGUCUGGACCAGUCGAGCCACCCAGAAGAGGCAGGUCAAUGGGCCGGAGAAUACAGACAUCAACAAACUGUUGCUAAACCGAAAGUUCUCGCAGCGAAAGGUGAUUGCCGGACAGCAGCAGCAGCUGCAGCAGCAGCAACAGAUCCAGCUUAGCAAGCAACAGCUCCAGCAGUUGGUUCAGCAUGAGGACGAACUGGUGGCCACCACAACAGGGGAUCAGUUGGAGGCAGGGGACACCCUCCAGCAGCAGCAGCAGCAGCAACAACAACAGAUGCAGAAACUGAAAAUGGUCAAGAUGAGCCCGUACCCGGUUCUGGUCUCGGAUCUCAAUCUCCAUCAGCAGCAACAGACGGUGUCUGGUCAGUCCCAGCAGCAACUGAAGCCGAACUCGGCGGCGGCCAUUGCAGCCAACCACAACUACAGCCUGCAACCGGCGACCACGGCCAUCAUCACGACGCAGGCGACGCCCCAGCAGUCGAACAAGAUCUUCCUGACCAGCAGCAACAGCAGCGGCGGAGGAUCUACUGGCAACUUCACCAUAGCCACGGCCGGCGAGCUUCAAGCGGCUGCGGCAUCCGCCACCCAGAAGCUGCACUACAAGGAGCUACCCAACUCGAACAUCAAGCUGAACUUCGUGAGCAGCACUGGCACCGGCGAGCCGUCCACCACAGUGGUGCUGAACAAGUCCCAACAGCAGCAGCAGACGCACGCCCAGCACCAGAAGCUCAAGACACUGGCGACCGGCGGCAAUGCCCAGGCCGGUCAGGGUGACAAGCGAGUGCUGUACACCAGCCUGCUGAACGUGAAGCCCUUGCAGAAGAACAACAGCGGCCAGGUGCAGAUGCAACUGGGUCCGGGCGGGCUGCAACAGGUGCUCCGUGGAAGGCUCAACAACUCGGCGAUUAUAACCAGGACCCUGCCGCUCGGCACCACCGUCAACAGCACCGGAGGAGCCGUAGGCACGGCCACAACGACGAUCCGGCAAUUGGUGGCCACCAAUGCCAAUAAUGUGAGCUCCGAGGGCACUCUCUUGAACACCAAGGAAGUGGGCAAGGCGCUCACCGUUGAGCAGGUGAUAGCCAGUGCGAAUAACGGCGGCGUGGUUCUGCCCACCAGCAAUAACAACAACAACAACAAUGGAAGCGGAGCAGGCGCAGCCGGAGGGACUGUGAGCAGCACGAGCGGCGUGAAUGCUACGGUAGCUGCUGGAGGAUCUGGAGCCGGGGCCGGAGCUGGAGCUGGGGUAGCGGGAGUGACGUCCACCAUCAACAGAUGAGACGCGGAGGGGAAGAGCUAACAUCGAGUACACCCGCAACCGGCAAAGCCGUCGUCUAAGACGACGGCAACGGAACCCCAGGCGGUGGCCAUAUCCCUGCCUCUGGCGGAGGCCCAAAUGGACUUGGGCCAGCUGUUGCAGAAGCCGAGCAACUGUUGCUGUGCCCUCU